AUGCACGCAAUCGAAAUGGCACGGUUAAUGUGUCUGUGUCUGAUGCUCCUUCUCUGUCUCCUCGCUAAUGGCAUUGCUCAAGAGCAUGGCGAUGAACAUAGUCAGCAGCAAGCCUUGUUUAGACCUAACAAUGAAGGUGAAAGUGCUUCUAAUGUGAAAGCUACAUACCAUUUUUACAACGCUGAGGAAAAUGGGUGGGACUUGCUUGCUGUAGGUGCCUAUUGCUCAACAUGGGAUGCUGAUAAACCCUAUGAUUGGCGUAGUAAAUAUGGUUGGACUGCCUUUUGUGGACCAGUUGGACCCCAAGGCCAAGAAGCUUGCGGCAGAUGCUUGAGGGUGACAAAUACUGGGACUGGAGAUGAAGCAACAGUGAGGAUUGUGGACCAGUGCAGCAGUGGAGGCCUAGACUUGGAUGCAGGCGUAUUCCAGCAACUGGAUACCGAUGGAACAGGCAAUGCCCAAGGUCAUCUUAUCGUGGAUUACCAGUUUGUGGAUUGUGGUGACUGAAGCUCUACUACUAUAAUGUUGAUGAAGAGGAAAGGAAGUAUAUAGUUGCUUUCAAUUUCAAUAUCUGAGAAUAAAAUUUCAUCGAAUAACAAUGAAAAAACUAUGUAUAUUUACAGAAUAAAAAAGACCCUGCCACGGUCUAUUUAAUUA